CACUGCUGCAAAACGAGUUUUAAUUCAAAAUAAACCAAAAUUCACGAUCACAGUUAAUUGUAGCUGUAAACAUAUCGUAUAUACGUGUGUACUAAAGAUAAUUAAACUCAAUUGAGAAGCUGCUGCUAUAAAAGCCCAAUAAACUCCACUCGAACAGCGCAGUGCGAAAAGGAGAAAGUGCAAAAAUGUCAACGCAGCAGCAGCAUUUCGAUUAUAUGGAAAAAUAUCUGGUUUAUGAUAUUUUUAAAUACUUUGGCAACGAUGCAACGCUAAUUGAUCAUAAUAUAAAGUGUUCCACUGGCUUGGAUGGCUUCAUGUCAGCGGUCUACACGGUGGAGCUAACCAUGAAGAUCGCCGGAAACACUCGCCAGGAGCUGGUCUUGGUGAAGUUCAUGAAGGGCAGCCCGGAGUUUCGUGAGUCCGGCAAAUGCUACACACAGUUCGCCAACGAAGUCUUUGCUUAUGCCGAGCUGCUGCCAGCGUAUGAGAAUCUGUUGCGUGACAGCAAAUUGAAUACGGAAUUGGUUGAGCAAUUUGUGCCGCGUGUUUAUUGUGCAAAGUUUGGCCUGAUUAAGGAUUUGGGCGAGGCGCGCGAGUCGGUGUUGGCCUUGCAACAUUUGCAGCCGGCGGGCUUUGAGCUGGGUCCGCGUCUUACCUUGCGCUUGGAUCAGCUGGAGGCCAUGUGCUCGCUGCUGGGACCUUACCAUGCGCUGGGCUACGCCUUGCGCAUUCUGCAGCCGCUGGUGGAGCAGCGAUUGCGCCAGCAAAUUGUGCCGCUUCCCUUUGUCUUCGAGGCGAAUGUCCCCAAUAUCUAUGCUGUGCUCUAUCGCGUCGCUUUCGACCGCUUCUAUGCGUUCUACGAUCGCUGUCGCGACCAAUUGCUGCAGCCGCAGGAGCAGCGUUUCGCCGAAGCCCUUGAACGACUGCGUUCCAAGUACUUUGAGCAGCCGGUGGCGCUGCUGGAGCGCAUACGCACAGCUGCGUGCGAUGAUACGCAGCCGGAAUCGCACUUCAGCACAUUUUUGCACGGCGACUUCAAUCGCAACAACGUGCUCUUCCAUGAGAACGGCGAGGGGCAGGUGGAUGGCGUACGCAUGAUUGACUUCCAGGAGCUGCGCUACAGCACCACAGCCAUCGAUCUCAGUUUCUUCCUGUACAUGAAUACGCCGGCCGACAAUCGAGCUGCAAUCUUUGCCAAGCUCUUGCGCUCCUACCAUCAGCGCAUGCAUCAGACCUUGGAGCUGCUCUUGCAGCGAAAUCAUGACACGCUCUCGGAGGAGCAAAUCAAGCAGCUGCUCAGCGAUUACAGCUACUCACGCUUCGAGCAGCAUUUCGCCCGCUACGCUUUCUAUGGCGUCAUGGUCUGCAUGCACUUUAUGCCCUGGCUGCUGGGCAGCGAAGCUGAUUGCGCACAGAUCUCCAAGCUCUUCGAAACGGACAUGCACGGCCCGGCCUUCUACAAGCUGUCGAUGGACAUUGCCGGCGACGAGGCCAAUCGCCAGAUAUUCGGCAUAGUGCGUCACGCCUUCGAGCAGGGCUACAUGGAUUCCAUUUGAGCUGCAAUCAGUUUCUAUAUAUAUAUAUAUGCAUAUAGCAUUAUCACAUAUUCCACUUACUAUCAACCGUCUUGUUGUUGCAGUCUUGUUUCACAUUGUUCCACACGCUAUCAAAAGCAAUCUAAUCGCAAUCUAUAUUUUAUAUGCUGUUUGUACUUAGUGUUCCUGUUCCGAAUUUCAGUUGGCAGAAUUGAAAUUGAAGUAUUGUCUUAAUGAAUAGCCUAUGGAAACGAAUGGCAUUGAAACAUUAGCUUAUAUAUUGCUCUUGUAUAACGGCAGUUGUGCAAUUGAAACAAGUUAGUUCUAAAUUUAAUACUUUGUAGAAACAAGCGGAAUUGAAACAUUAAUGUUUACAUAUUUCUCUAACUGUAAACUACUUAGAAUGAAACUAAAAGUGUCCAAUGAAUAGCCUAUGGAAACGAAUGGCAUUGAAACACUAGCUUAUAUAUUGCUCUUGUAUAACGGCAGUUGUGCAAUUGAAACUAGUUCUAAAUUUAAUACUUUGUAGAAACAAGCGGAAUUGAAACAUUAAUGUUUACAUAUUUCUCUAACUGUGAACAACUUAGAAUAAAACUGAAAGUGCCUCUAGUUGUCUUUGCGCUAUUGAAACAAAUGGAAUUGAAACACGUGCCUAACUGUACUUUGUCAUACGAGUUUUUUCUAUGCGAAAAACAAAUGGAAAUGAAACACAAUUGUGAUAAACAUUAAAAAUUUAAAUAUUUUAGUCAAUGAGAUAUAUUUCUAGAGCUUUAGCAUUUGAGAAUUGAAAUUCGGAACAGCAUUUUUUUUUUCUUAAU